CCUCUGAUUGGUCGGCCACAGCAGACGCAGGAGAUGAAGCUGAGAACUUCCGCAAUCUGUGGAAUUUGUGCAGUUCGCAGCUUCGUGUCUGAUUCCCACCACUCCAAAGUCUCGGUUUUGGAUUGCAGCUCAUCAUGUCUCAGGCUGAUAAAGCGAAGUUCACCAACCCGGAGACUCCUGGCUACGUGGGAUUCGCCAAUCUGCCCAAUCAGGUUCACCGUAAAUCGGUGAAGAAGGGCUUUGAGUUCACGCUGAUGGUGGUGGGUGAGUCGGGUUUGGGGAAGUCGACUCUGAUUAACAGUCUGUUCCUCACUGAUCUGUACCCAGAGAGGAUCAUCCCCGGGGCCGCAGAGAAGAUCGAGCGCACGGUGCAGAUCGAAGCCUCCACCGUGGAGAUCGAGGAGCGCGGAGUGAAGCUGCGUCUCACCGUGGUGGACACGCCCGGAUACGGAGACGCCAUCAACAGCCAAGACUGCUUCAACACCAUCAUCGCGUACAUCGACGAUCAGUUCGAGCGUUACCUGCAUGACGAGAGCGGCCUGAACCGCAGACACAUCGUGGAUAAUCGCGUCCACUGCUGCUUCUACUUCAUCUCUCCACUCGGACACGGUCUGAAGCCGCUGGACGUUCAGUUCAUGAAGGCCAUCCACAACAAAGUGAACGUCGUCCCCGUCAUCGCCAAAGCCGAUACGCUCACUCUGAAGGAGAGGGAGAGGCUCAAGCGCAGGAUUUUAGACGAGAUCGACGAGCACGGCAUUAAGAUCUACCACCUGCCCGACGCCGAGUCAGACGAGGACGAGGAGUUUAAGGAGCAGACGAGGAUUCUGAAGACCAGUAUCCCGUUUGCAGUGGUGGGCUCUAACCAGCAGAUCGAGGCUAAAGGGAAGAAGGUGCGAGGGCGUCUGUACCCGUGGGGCGUGGUGGAGGUGGAGAACCCCGAACACAACGACUUCCUCAAACUGCGCACCAUGCUCAUAACCCACAUGCAGGACCUACAAGAAGUGACCCAGGACCUGCACUACGAGAACUUCCGCUCCGAGCGCCUGAAGCGAGGCGGCAGGUUGUCCUCCCACGGUUACAUUCUGCCUCUGUCGCCUGCGAAGGGUCCGGAGCCGGAGGAAAUGGACAAGGACAUGAUCCUUCAGGAGAAGGAGGCUGAGUUGAGGAGGAUGCAGGAGAUGAUUGCGAAGAUGCAGGCGCAGAUGCAGAAGCAGGGUGAUGGAGAGGCAGAAGGACAACACGUCUAAACACCCCGAGGUGCAGAGCUGUGGAGGAGACGAUCCGAGACACCGAGAGAGAGAGAGAGGGAGGGAGAGGGAGGGAGAAGAGAGAGGAAAAAAAGAGGCGUGUCUGGUGUCUCGUCACGUCUCACUGUAUUUUGCCACUUUCUUAGUUUUUUUCUACUUUUCCUUGGGAUACAAGUUUAGCUUUUUUCUUUUUUCUAAUCAGUAUUAUUAUUAUUAUUAUUAUUAUUAUUGUUACUUUUUCUAUCUAUCCACGGAGACAUGUGCCGAUAUGAAGCGUCUUACUCGAUAACCGCCUAACCUUCUUAUCACAGUUUACGAUAUUAUCACCACGUUGUUUUAAAUCAUUUGUAGCUCCUGCUCUUGGAUCGAGGUUUCUUUGGGAUUUACAGAAAAAGAUAUUUUUUCCCUCGAUGCCACUUUUACACAUUUAAAGUGUCCACAAUAACAAUAUUUAGUUGAAUAUCGUGAUAUACUGUAUACCGUAUAACUGAUUAUCGGCACAUGACUACACAACGAGCUGUUUGUUAUUUCGUUGCACCAUACUGACGUGUGUAACCUCUGUGUGUGUGUGUGUGUGUGUGUGUGUGUGUGUGUGUGUGAUCAGAAAUGAAGUGAUUUAAGGGUUUUGUAGGUGUGUUUGGUAACAGAAGGACGCUCGCUGCUCUAGAGGAACGAUUUGGGUUCAAAGUGCUAGCAACAACAAAUUAGCUAUUAAAUUAAACUAGCUAAUGGUGAAAUUAUUUACGUUAUUUGCAGAAACAUUCAUUCUGGUUUAUGAUAUUAUCAUGAUUUUGUGUUUAGAAACGAUUUAACUGAUUAUCAGCACAUCUGUUAGCAAAUGUAGCAUUUCUGGCUGAAUCAUUUCUUCAGAAAUGUAUUUAAUGCCACAAAUUUCUCCUAAUGAUGUAAAAACGGCAGCAGCAGAACUUUUGUGUCCGUAUUGCGUGAGAAAUCCUGCGCUCACACCAUCAAGAGACACUUCCACAGAUGAUCGUUAUGUUCUUUUGCGACACAGAGUUAAGAUUCCAGUGAAAAAUAAUUUUAGAUUUUGUCAAUUUUAUGCAAAUUAGCCACAAAUCCACAUGAUUGGCUCUAGUAAAUUCUUCUGCUCAUUUCAGUCGCAUUAAAUUCUUUACAACUUUAGUUUUACUUUCCUGUCAGUGUUUGGGGCGUGGUUUCAUGUUUUAAAAUUUUAUUAUAAUAUUAAUACAUUUAAAACUUCAGGAACAGUCACAUGUAGAAAUUAUACAUUUCAGUUUGGUUUGUUUCUCACAGGCCACGCCCACAAGAGGCAGUACUACCUGUUAGGCCACACCCACAAUGGCAGUGCUACCUCACAGGCCACGCCCACAAGAUGCAGUACUAUUGGUUAGGCCACGCCCACAAGGAACAGUACUACCUCUUUGGCCAUGCUGACAAGAGGCAGUAAUACCUCUUAGGCCACGCCCACAAGAGGCAGUACUAUAUGUUAGGCCACACCCACAAGGGGUAGUGCUACCUCUUAGGUCACGCCCACACUGGACAAACCUGCAGUGACAUCACUGACUUGUCGCUUGCUGGUGUGAACACAGUGACAGGGUUAUUCUGCUGUCACACUUAGUGAGAACUUUUUGUGCUGAUGUGGGGGGGGGGGGAAGCAGCUCACUGUAACCAUGACAAUGCUCAUAGCAGUCCUAGCUAGUAUUGGCUAACUAGCCUAGCUCACUCUCUAUUAUUCUAACUAAUGCCCAACAUACACAGUUACAUUAGCUACAGUAACGCUGGAGAUUGGAGACUCAGCGUGUCGUAAAUCUCAUCUUCGACUCAUUUUGUCCUCCAUGUUUGAUUUUCGCGUUCGUCCCCCAAACACGUGACCUGAUGUACCUCAGGACUUUUCUGAAAAGAUUCAUAUUGUAGUUUCGCUGUAGAGAAAAAUGCUGCCGGCGAUGCACAGCCUUACAGCAACCUUCAGAAUAUCGAGUGACUGAUGCAGAGAGUUGCUUUGUGCCGCUUUAACUCGAAUUGACCUGAGCAGGUGAGUGAGAGCGUAAACACGUGGACGUAGACGAGGCGUGUGUUCAGCAGCUCUUUGUGAUGUUAUAAUGUACGUGUGAAUGCUGUCACGUGAAAAUGACUCGCGCAACGACUAGGCAUGUGCCAAAAUUAAAGGAAUAGUUCACGUUCCCCGUUUUCCACUUUACGCCAAAUUGCGGUCCAGCAGCGAAGACGGCUACGUUUGGGUUUAGAGGGAAACUGCAGAUUUGUUGUUGUUGUUGUUGUUAUUGUUUUUCUUGAACUAUCCCUUUAACACUUCAUAUCAUGAGUAAUUGUAGUACAUUGUAGAUAUGUUACCACAAUAUUUUUUUAACUUAAAAAAGAAAGUAGACUGAAAUGUGCAGAGCGGUUUAACGUAGCUUAGCUAGAUAUUUAUGCUAGCUCCUGAGCUGCAGCAGUGGUUUAUAGAGAUAAUUAUCAUCUAAUGACUGAUUAUUGGCACGUGCCUGGUGAUGAUGUGAAGUUUUAAUCCUGUUCUCUUUGCUAAUGCAUGCUAACUGUGUCCUUUGCAGUGUGUGUGUGUGUGUGUGUGUGUGUGUGUGUGUACACUGUUCUGUAAUGUUUAAACCCAGUCUUUGUCCAGUUCUUCCUUAAAAUGCUCAUCUGUUACCAUUUUAUAGUUUUAUUCCAGAACUUUCUAAUAAACCUGUCCACCGUUAUCUUGUCUUGUAAUAAAGUUUUGAUAUGAAAGAUUCA